AUGUUCCGCUAUGGUUACAUGUUCGCGUCACACAAACAAGAAAGCAACACACCAACGUAUUUGGAAUUGUCAGAUUAUUCUUAUCGAAAAGAAAAAAAUAUUCUGCUGCCACCAGUGAGUUCAGUGCUAACAGUUCAAUCUCGUUGUAUUAUUUAUGACAAUAACGAAAGUGACGGUUGGCAUACACCAAGUCCUCCUGCAAGUUUGAGGUCGAUCAGCCCUUCAACACCCAUUUCACAAUCGUCAAAGGAUCAUUUACAUUCGACGCCUGAAAAAGUUAUCAACCAUCAGCUUCAAUCGAAAAGGAGGAAAAUAGAUCGCUGUGAAUUAGAUGACUCAAAUAGAUCAAGUUACCUUCAAAUUCGUUUACAAAUGAGUAAAGUUGAUGAAGAUAAAGAAGAUGGCAUUCAAAUGCACCAAAGUGAAGAAAAAUUGAGCCAUAGUAUUGGAAGCUCUGGAUCUCUUUCUGAUCACAUUGAUAUGGAUUUUGAGAGUGAUGGCAAUUCAAGUGAUUUUGAAGAUUCCAGGAAACGUAGCAAAUAUGUUAAUUCGACGGUUGUUAAAAAACGAAGACUCGCUGCUAAUGCACGCGAACGAAGACGCAUGCAAAAUCUUAACAAAGCUUUCGAUAGACUUCGUGCGUAUUUGCCGUCUUUAGGUAAUGAUAGACAACUGUCGAAAUAUGAAACACUUCAGAUGGCACAGUCAUAUAUUACUGCGCUUUAUGAUCUACUCCAGUGA